AUGGGAAAUUGCUUUGAAACGGCAAGGAAAUCGGCGGCGGAGAUUGCGCCGUCAGAGUUGAUUAAGGGCUCUCCGGUCAUCAAACUCUACGGCCCACCGAACAGUAUUGCGACCUCAUACAUUCGAUUUGCUCUCCUUCACAAGCCGGUUUCUCUCCAAUUCAUCCCCUCUGAGACCCACGAAACGCCGGUACUGAUUUUCCAAUCCGAAGUCGUUACCGGCUCCGUCGAGACAAUGCUCCGUUACUUGGACGGAAAAUUUCCCGACCCGCCAUUGACAAUUAGUACUAGCAACAAUGUUGGGGGGUGGUACGGCGGAACGACGCCCAUGGUAGUGUGGGUGGUGGUGUUGCAGCACCGGAGUUUGAUGUGGCAUCUGGAGAGGAUGGUAAGGUGGGCGGAGGACUUGUCGGCGCGUGGAGGGAAAGCGCGUGGAGAUCCGGCAAUGGGGAGUCCAAGAAUGGAGGUGAAAAAAUUUGGGAGAAAUUAUUCACAGUUGCUUCAGAUGUUGCUUGAGCAUGCCCAAAUGGAAGAGAAAGUCGUCUUUCCAAUCUUGGAAUCUGCAGAUCGAGGAUUGUCCAAAGUUGCAAACGAGGAACAUGCUAGAGACCUACCUUUAAUGAAUGGUAUCAAAGAAGACAUUAAAUCCAUUGGAGUUUUGGAUUCAGGGAGCCCUGUGUACCUAGAGUUCCUCUCCAACCUUUCUGCGCGGCUCAAAAAAUUAAAGGACCAUUGCAACGAACACUUUGAGGAGGAGGAGAAAGAGCUAUUGCCAUUGAUGGAGGCAGUGGAGUUGAGUAAAUUGCAACAAGAGAAAGUAAUGCAGCAAUGCAUGGAUGUGAUGCGUGAAACUCACUCGCACCUAUUUCGCUUUUUUAUGGAAGGUCUCCGGCCGCUGGAUGCCAUGCAGUACUUGGACAUGAUUAAGAGAUAUUGUGACAACGUUCGUGUAUCGUUGAUGCUCCAUAUGAUUGUUGAUGCUCCACAUUGA